AUGGAGGGCACGAGCAAGGACCUCGCGCGCGCGAAGUUCAAGCAGCACCGCGGCGGGCGCGGCCGCGGCCGCGGCCGCGGACCCGGGCGCGGAAGAGGCGGCGCGGCGAGGGACGCGGCGGAGGAGGAGGAGGAGGAGGAGGAGGACGACGACGACAAUGACGACGUCGCCGGACCGCGACCGCGUCGGACGGAGGACUGGACGUCCUCCGACGACGACGCGCGCGGCGACGGCGCGACGCCGAGGCUCAAGUCCGCGGGCUUGGAUCUCGAGACGCUGUUCGCGGAGUGCGACCGCGCGGCGCUGCCGCGGCAGCACUUCAGCGCGUACCUGGACCCGCGAUGGGGCGUCGACGACCUGCGCGAGCUCGAGCGCGCGAUGGCGUCGGGGGGCGGCGGCGCCGGGUCGGGGGGGAUGGACGCCGCGGCGAUAGACGCGGACGCGCUCGCGAGGCAGCUCGCGGUGCUGCCGCUCGCGGAGCUGCUCGGGCUGCCCGAGGAUUACCACGGCGAGCGCGUCGAGGACGAGGAGGAGGAGGAGGAGGAGGACGAGGACGUGAUCGUUCCGAGGGGAGUCGAAGAGAGCGCGGCGACGACCGACGUCGCCGCGGUCGCGUCCUUCGCGCCGCCGCCGGCCGCCGCCGCCGCCGCCGCCGCCGCCGACGACGACGACGACAUCGACGCGCUCCUCGCUGGAGACGACGUCGGCGGCGGAGGAGGUGGAGGAGGAGGAGGUGGAAGCGGCGUCGUCGCGGAGGGCGACGACGAACUCGACGAGUUGCUGGGGAUACCUUCGUCGAAGCCGCCGCCGCCGCCGCCGCCGCCGCAGCGCUCGGACGACGAGUUCUUAGACGAGCUCUUCGACGACUUAAAGUAG